ACAACCAUCAGUUUCCAGUUUCCACUACGCACCAUCCAUGGCCAUGGCCACCACUCGAAACCUUUCUUCUUACUCCCCUUUCCUUGUAUUGCCUACCACCACCACCGCAGCAUCUCCUGCUAUGUUUCAAUCUAAUCCUAAUACUAGUAUUAGUAUUAGAGCUUUACUCACCACUCCGCCUGCGUCUAUUUCUCAUUCACGUCCUCAAAUUCUAAACAUUCCUGCCAAAACCAAUCAAUUGCUUUACUUGGAACACUCCAAACAUACACAACGGGAACCUCCUCGUUGGUUUUCUCCGUUGGACUCCUUCUCCUCCUCUCGAUUGCCCAACUCCCCUCUUCUCCUCUAUUUACCAGGUAUUGGUGGAAGUGGACUCGGCCUUUCUUCGCAUCAUCCAAGACUUGGAGAGAUGUUUGAUAUAUGGUGCCUGCAUAUACCUGCUACAGAUAGAACACCAUUCCCAGAACUAGUGAAGCUGGUUGAAAGCACUGUUAAGUCCGAGCAUUGCCAAUCGCCUGAAAGGCCACUAUAUCUCGUGGGCCAGUCUUUUGGGGCUUGCCUUGCACUUUCUGUUGCUGCACGCAAUCCUGAGAUUGAUAUUCUCUUAGUUUUGGCCAACUCAGCUACAUGUUUCAAUGGGUCACAGUUUCGUCCAUUGAUACCCUUGUUAGAAGCCAUGCCAAAGGAACUUGGUGCCAGCCUGCAUGAUAUGCUUAAUCUGAUCACAGGCAUGGCUACACAACAAAGAGAUACAGGGCUCUCUGAGGCUCUUGUAGCAAUGUUCUCCGACCUUCCUGGCCUAGCUGAAGUAUUAUCUGUGGAGACGCUUGUAUGGAAAUUGAAGUUGCUUGAUUCAGCUUGUUCAUACACCAAUUCACGCCUCCAUGCUGUCAAAGCUCAGACACUUAUUCUCUCCAGUGGUAAGGAUCAGUUGUUACCAAGUCGACAGGAAGGUCAAAGACUUCAUCGUCUACUACCAAAAUCUGACAUUCGUAUAUUUGAGGACAGUGGCCACGUGCUCUUUAUGGAACAAGAUCAUGACUUGGUUACUACUCUAAAAGGCACCAGUUUUUAUCGCCGUACAAGAAAUGUUGAUUACGUAUUAGAUUACUUGCCACCAACCCCUUACGAGUUUCAGAAAGCAAGAGAAUCACACAGAUUUGUGGAGGCAGCUUUCUCUCCUGUGAUGCUGUCGACUUUGGAAAAUGGGAAGAUAGUUAGAGGGCUCUCAGGGAUACCUUCAAAAGAUGAGGGUGGCAUGCGCGAAGCUCUUCACAGAAAGGGUGAGGAGUAUCAAUUAUUCUGGCCAGACCAGUCUGAGUUUGUGAGGAUGGCUGCUAUGUUUGGAGCCAAAAUCAUACCUUUUGGUGUUGUUGGAGAAGAUGAUAUUGGUGAGUUGAUUUUUGACUAUGAGGACCAAAUGAAGAUUCCAUAUCUCAGACAAUUUAUACAGGAAUUAACUGAUGAGGCCGUGCAGCUUAGGAGUAAUGUUGAAGGUGAAGUAGGAAACCAAGAUGUACACUUUCCAGUGAUGCGUCCCAAACUACCUGGGAGGUUUUAUUAUCUUUUUGGAAACCCAAUUGAAACACAAGGGAGACAGCAGGAGCUAAGGAACAGGGACAAGGCACAUGAGUUGUAUGUAGAGGUGAAGUCGGAGGUAGAAAGGUGUCUAUCGUAUCUAAAAGAGAAAAGACGGAAUGAUCCUUAUCGGAGUAUAUUAUCACGUUUGGUUUACCAGCUCACACAUGGCCCUGAAUCUGAAAUCCCAACAUUUGAACCCUAAAAUUCAUUUACUUAUCACAAUUUAUACAAAUCAUAUUCAUACGGGAC